CCAGUUCAGCCAGGUGUGACUCAAACGGACAGUGGAGCGGAUUUGGGGCGUGUCGUCAGGUGGAAUGGAGAAACAAGAUGACAAGAUUAAAAGCAGCUCUGCCAGAACCCAUGAGAGAUGGGUGGGAGAUGGUCUUCAACGGGACACCGACGGUUUCGAAUAAACAUUUUUAUAUUCACAUCGAGAAUUCGGAAAAUGUUUCAUUACACAUGGACGUGCGAUUUGAUAUACACAACCAGACGAAGAUCAUCGAAUUGAAUUCAAGGUCUGGUCCUGAUUGGGGAACCAGUGUCAAGCUUUCAUCAUUUCCCUUUGAAGAAGGCGUUCCCUUCAAACUCUGCAUAAAGCUGGCGUCUGGAGUGUUUAAGUCUACAGCAAAGCCAUCAGCCAUUACGUCAUAUAAUUUUACGCGCAUUACCUGA